AUGACUGGCUCCGCUAAUGUCCAGACAGUCGUCUUUUUUGGAAUUAUUGCUGUCGUCCUACCCAUUGCCUUCCGCAUAGUGUCCUCACCUAUCGUUCUGUUGCUAUUGUCCCCGUUCUUCCUCUUCAUCCUAGCCAUCGCUUUCUUGGCGCUUCACAUCUAUUUUGGGCAUUAUAUUGACACGAAGAGUCAUAUCGCCCAUCCGAAACUCUUCAAUGCAGCGCGACCUUUUGCUUUCUCAACCCCGGCGGCAUGGCAGGCAGUCGUAACCCGUUCGCAAUGGUCCCAGAACACACCACAAUCUUUCCCACCUCUGUACCCAGAGUCUCCAUUAGUAUCAGAAGCGCUGAACGAUAUCAUUAUCAAGAUUGUCAAAGACUUUGUCAUGGCAUGGUACCAGGAGAUUUCGUCCUCGCCUGCUUUUCCUAUGGCUGUAUCUACGGUGAUACAUGAUUCAGCGGAGAAGAUGCUGGAUAGAGCGAGGAGAAUUGAUUUUUCAGCUCUGGUAGUCAAGCGCGUCCUCCCAGAAAUCACGACCCACAUCGAAUUAUUUCGACAGUCCGAGAUUGCUCUUCGCGGUGCGGGUCUAGAACGUCGUUUGACACAGUCGGAACAACUGGAUCUUCUUCUUGCGAGUAGAUACGCGGCUAGCAUGGAUUCAGGAAAACUGCACAAUGCUGUGGACAACCUAUCAACCACCUUCACUAAGCAGACGGAAGAAAUGCAUCUUCGACAUUUAGUCGAUAGAGUGCUUCCUCAUAUUCUUCCAGAAAUUGAGGCUCGAAGCAAGGCGCUCAAAAUCGUUGUUCGGGAGAUCGCAGCUUGUUCCGUAUUAUAUCCUGUCAUGGAGAUGGUGUCGGACCCCGACUUUUGGAAUCGGGCCAUUGACCAAAUUGCGGGUGCUGCAAUUCAUCAGCAAAAACUGAUCACCAAAGUGCGCAAUGUUUUGGAAGCACAGUCGCCGCGACGGCAGCAUCACUACUCUUCCGCUCCUUUAAGCUCUGCGCCCAACGAGCUGAUUACCAUUCGUACUGAUCCACAUCAAUUUGAAUCAUUCCUGCGCAGUAUCAGUCGUUUCUCUUCCUUGCUCGAUGCACGGAGGCUGAAAAAUGACGUUGUUGGUGAGAUCAGGCGGACAAGGAUGCUGCUUGCGAAUCAUGAAAAGGAUGAUUGGAUCAAUGGAGAGAAAACAGAAGACGUUGUUGCCUUCCUAGACCGACUUUAUACGGCCAAGCGUAAAGUCGAAGAACGUAUCGUAGUCCUUGGUGGACAGGAAGAUUCUCACAAGUCUUCAUACCAUGAGACAGGUUCCAAGUCGGGACUGACUUUACGAGAUAUUCUUCGAAACCCAAGUUCGCUUUCGUAUCUCAUGGAAUUUAUGGACCGAAGGCAUCGAUCUCUUUUGGUUCAGUUCUGGUUGACAGUAGAGAGUUUCAAGAACCCUCUUGAAUCCGUUGAUUCAGACUCAGAAAAUGAAGACAAUGAAGCAAUACAAGAUCCCACCACUGGCGUCACUGUGAAAGAAGAUAUUUCCAUGAUCUACGAGCUCUAUUUCUCCAGUCCUACGCCACCCCCCGCCCUAUCUUGUAUUUCUCAAAAGAAUGCGGACAUAAUUCGCGAUUUCGCCCGAAACGAAGUUACUCCUUCGCUUGCGAGUCAAAAGAGAGUGCGCCGCAGUGUAAUGACAGCUCAGAAACAAGUAGAAGUGGAGAUGGAGCAGGAUUUCGAGGAUUUCGAACGAACGGAGUUAUGGUUCCGCGUGAUCGAGGACGCCGACCCUUCUAUAAAAAAGGUGCCGAUCGAGGAAUCUCCCCAAGAUCAAUACACUUCAGUUAAUAAUUCGACGAAUCAGCUACCCUCCCAAUUCAGAACUGGCUUAGGCCAUGUGCCCCCUUUCUUACAGCGUUCAGAGUCCUCGCCUGGAUAUCUCAUGCGACGUUCAGCAAACUCAGGCUCGGUGAGCUCUCCACGCAGUAGGCCUAGUCCUCCACCACCUCUUCGCCCGCCACCAUCAAACAUUGAGGUUUUAAUGUCUCCCAUUAUCGAUUCCUCGGAACAUAACCGUGCACCACUGUUUGAUGGUCCCGACGACCAGGAGCAAAAGGCGGAGGAAAAGAGGAUGGACGCCAUUCAGGCCGCUCUCACAGACAUCAUCGCCCUUGAGGGUGAUUCAGAAAAAUCUCCUAAUGUGGGACAUCAGGAUGAUGCAUCAAGUUAUCGAAGUAUACAUUCGUCAACUAAGCAGAAGCGAAGGGCAGUAUUUGAUGAUUAUGACGAACUAGAUGAAGCCGAGGAUGACCAGCAUGAUGACCCUCGUGGUGUUCAUCGAUCGUUUCAGCUUGCCGCCCCUGGGGACCUUCAGCUUUCUUACGAAAUUUCUCGCCUGGGAGACAAAAUUACCAGCCUUCAAGCGCAGGAUACUAUGCUUGACAACCUUAUCAAGAAGGCCGAGCUGACCGGGGACACCCAAGAGUUGAGACUUCUUAUGAAGUCAAAGUCUGCAAUGAAUCGGGAACUUCGGGAGCUCCAGUUCCAGAAGUCUCAGUACGAGCAGCAGGAGUCAGCAAACCGUCUUCUCUCUGACCGUACGAAGGUCUCGAUCGUGAGCUCUACGACUGGAGAGGAGGGCGGGAAGGUGGUAGUGCGCUAUCUUGUAGAAGUUCAACAACUUGCUCCUGACGGGACCUUCGCUUCCGGAUGGGUUGUUGCGCGCCGUUAUAACGAAUUCUUGAACAUGCACAACAAGCUCCGAGAAAGGUAUGCCUUAAUCAGGAAUCUGGAUUUCCCCGGAAAAUUGGUCCCUGCUUUGAGCGGUCACUUUAUGGAUGCUAGACGAACUAGUUUGGAGAAGUACCUUCAGAAUGUUGUUGCUAUAUCUAUCAUUUGUGAGAGCGAUGAACUGAAAUCAUUUUUAUCUCGCGAUUCACCGUUUGUGGCAUCCCAAACUCAACCCUCUUCGAAGCCUCAGGCCUUUUCUGGAACUGCGCUCGUUCGCAAUGUUUAUCGUUCCGUCGCAGAGAGCAUUGACGAUAUGUUUUUUGGACCAUCUAUGCUUGACGUCAUGAUUCAGCGUCUUACCCGUCAAGCGGCUGAAUUUGUUGGUAUUGUUGGUUCCGGAGUUAACGACGAAGAGCUGGUUGCUCAGGCGUUGGACGCCGCGGGAAAGAGUUCUUCCGAAGCUACGCUUUCACGACUGUCGGCGGAUCUCAAACCUUUAGAUGGCGAAAGCAGCACUUCAACCUUUACAGCACCUAUCUGUGAUUUAAUCCUUGCGAUAUUCGAGCUGAACAAACAGAACAACUGGCUUCGUCGGCAAGCUAUCGUCAUAAUUCUCCAGCAGGUCUUAGGGGGGACCAUUGAGAGAAAAAUACGGGAAACGUUUAAGUCACUUUUGGGGGAAGCUCGUCUCAUGUCUUUCAUCAAUACCUUUCGAGAUGGCUUGUGGCCUGGCGGCAAGUUAAAAACUCCGGGCAUACCGCGAACAUCAGAAGAAAAACUGAGAACUCGAGAUGAGGCAAAUCGCAAACUGUCUGCCCUUUUUCCUGAUCUUGCUGCUAACAUCAUGGGACGGUCGAACGCUCGCCGCGGUGCCCGCCGGAUAUUUGCAGUCCUACAAAAUCGAAGAUUAAACCAGCAUAUAGCCUACACGGUUGUCGACGAGGUCAGUCAACUGCUCAUGUAA